ACAUCCAAUUCAUUUUUGUCGCUGUUGAUGUUGUCUGGUUUAAGUGACGGAUUUCCCGAGCUCCAACAGCGAAUAAUGAGCAUCAAAGAUGCCGAAUAAAGGGAACAUAUGGAACAUGCUCGGACCAAACGAGGAGAAGAUUAAAAGCUGAGAACUGUGAGAAGCAACGUUCCUCCUUCAACUUAUAUAUUAUGUGUAAGUGAGAUUUGUCGUCUUCUUGUUGUAAGCAACGGAACAUUUGGUGUUUAAAUUCCAGGAUGACCUCAACAGAUUACAUGCAUGGUGAAAACGGCUUCGUCAGCUUUAAAUUGUACGCUUCAGCAUCUUUGACGCUUUCUAUACCUAUUUUUUAAACUCCAACCGAUCAUGUCUUCGCCAUUUGGCUACCAAACCUUUUGCUCACUUCAGCUCUAAAAAGAAAUCGGAAAAUAGCAAUAUAUAUACAGAAGUCGGAGGAGAUCAGUUCCCUGAAAUUUAAGUCAGUGCUUUUAGAAAGGCCUGUAAUUGUUGAAAAUGGAGCUAGCAAAACCAAUAGAAGACCAAUUCUCCAAGCUGCAUCCAUGCCUUCCUGUAAACACAAGCAUUGGGAUUCUUGGAGCUGGUCCUAGUGGCAUAUCUGCUGCUUUUGCGUUAAUCAAGCUUGGUUAUAAUAAUAUAACCUUAUUGGAGAAGCAUCAUACAGUAGGUGGAAUGUGUGAAUCUGUUGACAUACAAGGAAAAGUGUAUGAUUUAGGUGGCCAAGUUCUUGCUGCAAACAGUGCACCAGUCAUAUUUCACUUGGCCAAAGAGAUUGGUGCUGAAUUGGAAGAAAUGGACUCCCAUAAGCUCGCCGUCAUUGACAGUUCUGCGGGGAAGUAUCAGGAUAUUAAAGUCGCCAAUGAUUAUGUCUCUAUGAUCGCCCUCACGUUAGAACUUCAGGAUAAGGCUAAGGCUUCAAGUCGAAUUGGUGUUCAUGCCGUCAGUGACUUGGCUGCAGAUUUGACACCAACCUAUCUUGAGGCUCAUGGAUUUAAAUCUGUUCCAAAGUCUGUAUUUUAUGGAUACACUGCUUCUGGUUAUGGAUAUGUUCAAGACAUGCCUUAUGCUUACAUUCAUGAGUUCACCAGAACUUCAAUGGCCGGGAAAAUACGACGUUUUAAAGGUGGAUACACAAGUUUUUGGGAGAAGAUCGGUAAAAAUCUUCCGGUUAAAGUCCUUUGUAACACUGAAGUUUUGGCAAUAAGGCAUAAUGAUAAUGCUGAUGGUGUUAGCAUUAAUGUGAAAAACAUUAAAGGAGAAUCCGAAGUUAUGGAGUUCGAUAAGAUUAUCAUCUCGGGUGCCUUCCCUUUCAAAAAUGGGAAAACAUAUAGAUCUCCUGCUUCAAAUCAUACAGAACAUGAAACUCAAGCAAUGGAUUUGAAUGAUCUUGAAAAGGAGCUCUUCAGUAAAGUAAUGACAAUCGACUACUACACAACGGUCUUGAAAAUUAAAGGGCUAGAAGAUAUGCCUGUUGGUUUUUAUUACUUUGGUGAACACAUGGACGAUCCUGCAUCAAUCGGACAUCCUGUUGCAAUGCAGAGAUUCUAUGCUGAUUCCGAUAUUUUCUUGUUCUGGUCAUAUGGUAACUCCCUGGAUAUUCAAGGAUCAACUGUCUGCGAGCUUGCAAUAAAAGCAGUUGAACCCAUGGGAGGACAAGUCGAGCAAGUGGUUUUACAACGGCGAUUCAAGUAUUUCCCUCAUGUUUCUUGUCAAGAUAUGAAGAAUGGCUUUUAUGAGCGCUUUGAAUCUGAACUUCAAGGAAAGAGGAAUACUUACUACGUUGGCGGUCUUAUGGCAUUUGAGCUUACAGAGAGGAAUUCUUCAUAUGCAAUGGCCCUAAUCUGCAAGCACUUUGCAAACAACAAAUCUACACCGGUGUUUCCAUAUGUUAAGAGUUUAUUUCCAUUUCAAUCAUACAAUGGGAAUAAGAAUCUCAAGCAAUUAGGUGAACUCCCUGGAGUUGAAUUCCCUGAUCUUUGUACACUUGAUGGCUAUUUGAAGCGUUGGGGAACUCAUGAAGUCACUCAAAGCAAAACGCUUUAUACCUGGAUUAAUGAAGAAGGGGCAGCAGUAGGCCAAAGGACUUAUGCCGAACUUCAUGCUAAUGCUUCUUUCAUCGCUCAAAAGAUCUUAACAAGCAAAAAGCCGGUCAUCAGACCUGGUGAUAGGGUUCUCUUGGUCUAUGUUCCAGGUCUGGACUUCGUUGAUGCAUUUUUUGGAUGUUUAAGAGCAAAGGUGUUGCCGGUUCCAGUUCUUCCUCCAGAUCCUCUGCAAAGAGGCGGACAAGCACUUCUGAAGAUUGAAAAUAUAUCUAAAUCAUGUGGUGCAGUGGCGAUACUAUCAACUAUUGUCUAUCACUCAGCUGUUCGUGCAGGUUUGGUGAAGCAAAUGAUCUCACUGACUGGGAAAAAGGGAAAAUCUUCAGCUAACUGGCCUAACCUUACUUGGUUGCACACCGAUUCAUGGAUCAAGAACUUCAAGAAAGUAAUUCCAGAUGCCACGGUUGAUCCGUCUGAACCUCACCCUGAUGAUCUAUGCUUUUUGCAGUUCACAUCUGGGUCCACUGGUGAUGCUAAAGGAGUCAUGAUCACUCAUGGUGGGCUCAUCCAUAAUGUGAAGUUGAUGCGAAAGAGAUACAAGAGCACCUCCAAGACAGUUUUAAUCAGUUGGCUUCCUCAGUACCAUGACAUGGGGCUAAUUGGGGGACUUUUUACUGCAAUGGUUAGUGGUGGGUCGGCGGUACUGUUUUCCCCAAUGACAUUCAUCAGAAAUCCCCUUUUGUGGCUUCAAACCAUGAGCAAGUACAAGGCUACUCACAGUGCUGGACCUAAUUUCGCAUUCGAACUGGUGGUUCGAAGACUGGAGUCUGACAAGGAUAAGGCUUGGAACUAUGACCUUUCUUCCCUUAUUUUCCUAAUGGUUGCUGCUGAACCAGUAAGGCAAAGAACUCUGAAGAGAUUCAUUGAGCUCACUUAUCCAUUUGGCCUUUCACAAGAGGUGAUGGCACCUGGUUAUGGCUUGGCUGAAAACUGUGUGUUUGUAAGCUGUGCAUUCGGUGAAGGGAAUCCCAUCUUGGUUGACUGGCAGGGAAGAGUUUGCUGUGGUUAUACUGAUCUAGACAAUCAAGAUAUUGACAUCAGAAUAGUUGAACCAGAGACUGGUGUAGAGCUUGAAGAAGGUGGAAAAGAAGGAGAGAUUUGGAUCAGUAGUCCAAGUUCUGGCAUUGGGUAUUGGGGUAGAGAAGAACAUAGCCAUCAAACUUUCAGAAACGAGCUUAAGAAUCACUCCGGAAGAAAAUACACAAGAACUGGCGACUUGGGACGGAUCGUUGAUGGGAAAUUGUUCAUCACUGGAAGAAUCAAGGAUCUGAUAAUUGUAUCAGGAAGGAAUAUAUACUCAGCUGAUGUAGAAAAGACAGUUGAAAGCUCAGCCGAAGUUAUACGACCUGGCUGUUGUGCUGUCAUUGGUGUUCCAGAGGAUGUACUGUCAGAAAAAGGAAUUCCAGUUCCAGAUGGUGCUGACCAUGUUGGCCUCGUUGUAAUUGCAGAAGUUAGAGAUGGAAAGCCAGUGAAAAAGGAAGUUAUUGAACAGAUUAAAACCCGAGUUGCAGAAGAACAUGGCGUCAGCGUUGCUGCCAUCAAACUGAUCAAGCCCAAAACUAUCAGCAAAACAACAUCAGGAAAAAUCAAGAGAUUUGAGUGCCUCAAACAAUUCAGUGAGGGAACCUUGAACAUAGUCCCGGAACCAAUCUUUUCAAAGAGAACUUUGGUUCGGUCAUUCACUACUGGGACUUGUGCAGAAGGAAGAACACCCCGUCAGCUUCAGAGUUCUCCUGUACCUAGUACAAGACUGAGAAACAAGGACAUUGUGGAGUUUCUGAAAGGCCUGGUCUCUGAGCUAACCGGGAUUCCCACCAACAAUAUUUCUGCUGUGGAGAGCCUUGUCUCGUAUGGAAUCGAUUCAAUCGGAGUUGUCAGAGCAUCUCAGAAGCUUUCAGAUUUUCUAGGCGUGCCAAUUGGAGCAGUAGAUAUCUUCACCGCAACCUGCAUUGCAGACUUGGCCAACUUCUCAGAGAAUCUCUUAGUAAAAUCUAAACCUGAUCUUACAACGGCUUCUUCAUUUCAUGCUGAACCUGAUCUUGGUUCAGAGGAGCCUUUGGUGGAAGUAUCCAUACAUCGCCAAGUAGGCAUCUGGUUUUUACAAUUUGUGGCUCUUACCUUCGUGUCCAUAUUGUUGAGUCUGCCUGCGUAUUUAUCAGUUUCUGCGUUCACAUCUUUCACCUUAACAGUCCAUGCAACUAUAGAUGGAAACCAGUGGCUGGCUUGCUUGAUAUAUUUGGCCUUUGCACCACUUGUUUGGAUCCUCUGCAUAGCUUUAACUUGCAUGAGUAUUUCUUUUCUUGGAAAUCCUUUCCUGAGACCGAACAAUGCCCUUAUCCAUGACGUUUCCAUCUGGUCAGUUGAUUUUGUUAAGUGGUGGGCACUUUACAAAGCCCAACAAAUAGCCUCGAAAGUUCUUGCACAGCAUCUGAGAGGAACAGUGUUCUUAAAUUAUUGGUUUGAGAUGCUUGGAGCAAGAAUCGGGCCAUUGGUUACACUAGAUACCAUAGACAUUACGGAUCCAUCUUUAGUUUCGAUUGGAGAUGGAGCUGUGGUUUCAGAAGGGGCAUUAAUUCAAAGUCAUGAGGUAAAGAAUGGGAUACUAAGUUUCCAGUCCAUUAGAAUUGGCAAGAAUUCAACAAUUGGACCAUAUGCAGUGAUCCAAAAGGGAAGUGUAUUGGCAGAAGAAGCUGAAGUACUGCCAUUACAGAGGAUUGAUGGAGGCACUUCAGUAAAUAGAUCAGCCAAGGCUAACAGUGUCCAAAAAAGUACAGUGUUGUCAAAUGCUACUCCAAAUAAGAACAUGUCUCAGUUCAUGGGCAUCUACUUGGUUGGUUUCCUCAGCAGUUUCUCUGCAGCUAUUCUCUACUUCCUAUACAUUUGGCUCUCUGAGAAACCUCAUUCUCUUCAACACUUUGCAUUUGCAUGCAUAUCCGGAGCCUUACAUUGGAUUCCUUUCACAGUUAUUGCAUAUGCUUCCAUGUUUGCUUGCAUCACUGUGAAUCCAGCAAGUUUUGCCGUCUCAGUUGCCAUUGCUUACCUUGCUCAUGGCUUGAUACUCAGUUUCCUUACAGGCACUUUGACUCGUAUUCUUACUGAGAGACAACAGUCAAAGCAAUCUUAUGUCAAGAUAUUCAUCAGACACCGAAUUACCAUUGCUUGCCACCUUAGAUUUGCUCAUCUUCUCUCUGGAACAGAAACUUUUUGCAUGUAUUUACGGCUUUUGGGUGCAAAAGUUGGCCGACAUUGUUCAAUCAGAGCUAUCAACCCAAUUUCAGAUCCAGAGCUAGUAGAAAUUGGCGCCGGCGUUCAUCUCGGUGACUUCAGCAGAAUCAUUACAGGAUUUUAUACCCGUGGGGGUUUAAUUCGUGGGAAAGUUGAGGUUCAAGAUAACUCAGUUGUUGGGAGUCAAAGCCUGGUCCUUCCAGGGUCCAGGGUUGAAAAUGAUGUCAUUCUUGGUGCACUUUCAGUGGCUCCUGAAAACUCACUUCUCCAAACGGGUGGUGUUUAUGUUGGAUCCCAGACUCCAAUCAUGGUCAAGAACACUAAUCAUGCUUUAGAUGAUCGAAUCGAAGAAAUGGACAUGAAAUACAAGAAAAUAGUCGGAAACCUUGCGGCAAGUCUAGCUGUUACCACUUUGAAGGUUAAAUCAAGAUAUUUUCAUCGAAUUGGUGUUGCAGGGAAUGGCUACUUGAAAAUAUACGACAAGAUUGAAGGGUUUCCGGAUCACAAUAUUUUCCACCCUGGAAAGUCCUACCGUGUCGUAGUUCGACAUAGCAACAGCCUGAGUGCUGAUGAUGAUGCAAGGAUUGAUGCUCGAGGUGCUGCUAUAAGAAUACAUUUAGAUGAGAACAAUGAUGCCAACACUUCAGUCCUUGACUUAACACUGAAAACGGGUAAGGCAUUCUAUGCUCGCACCAUUGCUGAUUUCGCAACAUGGCUUGUGUGUGGACUUCCUGCAAGAGAAGAGCAUGUGAAGCGAGUCCCGCAUAUACGAGACGCGGUGUGGACGUCCCUUCGCCAUGCUAACUCGUAUGCAGAGCUGCAUUACUACUCGAACUUUGUUCGACUUCUUCGGUUCUCAGAUGGGGAAGAAAGGUACGUGAAAUUCAAGUUGAGACCGUAUGACGGAAGUAUCAGUGAGGAGUCCGGGAAGGUUGAACCCAAAGGGAUUCUCCCACCAGAAACAGGUGCAAUUCCAAGGGAUGAAAACGACACCCGCCCCUUGCUUUUCCUUGCUCAAGAUUUCCAACGACGGGUGAACUCCGGUGGUGUUCGAUACAUCUUCCAACUGCAAGUCCGGCCUGUUCCGUCGGACGAAGCCGCACGCGACGUUGCACUCGACUGCACUAAACCAUGGGAUGAGACUGAGUUUCCAUACAUCGAUGUAGGCGAGAUUAAUCUUGAACGAAAUCUCACCGCUAAAGAAGCUGAAGCACUUGAGUUUAAUCCUUUCCGUAGAUGCCAUGUGAUCGAUGUUAUCCGAGCUUCCAUGUCCUCUCAGAGUGCUUCUAUUGAUCAUGGGCGGUCCCUCAUCUACGAGAUUUGCCAGCGUUUGCGAAACAAGGAACCACUUCCCGAGGCAUGGAGGAUCUUCCUAGAGCAAUCUGAUGUAAAAGUAGACCUUUCAGGUUGUCCAAUGGCAGCAGCAUUGGAUAAAAAAGACGCGAGGAAAGUGACCCUAGAAAGAAAGUUGUACCAAACCUCAUGGUCAAUUUUCGUUCAACCAUUAUUGCAGACUGUGCUUCCUUAUUCCCUCCUGGGAUUAGCAAUCUUUGCACCAUUAACUUGUGUUCUUCUCAUGAAGGAAUCAGAGAAAUUCCCACUCCAUUGGUUGCUUCCUUUGCUUUGGGUUUCUUCAGGAAUUGUAGCAGCAAUAACAUGUGCAGUGGCAAAAUGGGUCCUCGUAGGAAAGAAGAAUGAAGGUGAAACAGUACAGAUAUGGAGUAAAAGGGUGUUCAUGGACACCAUCUGGCAAGCUUUUAGAACACUUGUUGGGGACUAUUUCAUGGAAAUGAGCAGUGGGUCCAUUAUAUUCCUGGUGUGGAUGAAAUUAAUGGGCUCAGAUAUUGAAGUAGACCAGGGAAUGUACGUAGAUAGCAUGGGAGCAUUAUUAAACCCUGAAAUGGUGGAUAUGGAGAAAGGAGGAUGUGUAGGAAGAGAUGCAUUGCUAUUUGGACACAUAUAUGAAGGUGAAGGUGGGAAAGUGAAGUUUGGGAAGAUCAGAAUUGGGGAAGGAGGGUAUAUAGGAAGUAGAGCAGUGGCGAUGCCAGGGGUAAGAGUGGAGAGUGGAGGAAAUCUCACAGCUCUCACCCUUGCCAUGAAAGAAGAGAUUGUUAAGUAAGGUGAAGGAGUUAUUCAUCCUUCGGCUCACACUACAUUUUUGUGAGCAUUUAUAAUUAUGUUAUGCAAGCUUUGCUACCAGCUCUAUAGAAACUUACGUAGGAAUACAAUUUACAUGUAGGUUAAAAAUAUACACAAAUAAGCAACAUAAACACAAAAGCAGAGCUUCAUACGAAUUGUUUAUGCAGUAGAUUUGCUGUCACCUUCUGAUAUUGAAUAAGUAUUUCAGUUCAAAA